AUGCUGCCCUCGUCGGUGCGGCGCGUCGUCUCCUCGGCCCCCCAGGCCGGCGGCCUCGUCUCCUCACUUGCCGCCGCCUCCUCCGCCUCCAAGAACGCCGCCACCGCGACCGUUCCGCUCUUCGUCCGCGGCCACCAGCGGCGCUUCUCCUCCUCGAAGCCCUCGCGCCCGGAUAACGGCUCCAGCGAUGUCGCCGCCGGCCAGUCGGUUCCCGCGUCGUCGGCCUCGGCGCGCGGGGACGGCAAGGCGGCUGGCGAGAAGCGGAAGCGAAAGAGCAAGGACGCCUCCGACGUGAGCGCCGCCUCGUUCCGAAAACUCCCCAGCGUUCCCAGCACCCACCACAUGUCUCAAGAAGCACUCGGCCUUUCGAGCUUCUUUUCUCUCCACCGGCCCAUCUCCAUCACGCAGACCAUGCCGCGAUCCGUGACCGACGAGCACUUUGCCUCCAUCUUCACGCCUCGAACAAAGUCGAACAAAGUCUCCGACACAGUGUCAACCAUCUCCAGCACCAUCGAUCAGCUCGACGGCCCCAUGGCCCAGCUGACGAUAGGCGGGCACCAGGAAGACCAUGGCAUGGCCGAGGGCAUGCAGAAGGUUGAGCUGCGGAAUCCUGACGGCAGCGAGUCCAGCAUCUACCUCCAGGUCGACACCAUGUCAGGCGAAUUUCUGCCGUUCCGCCCGCCUCCCCUGCCGCAAGAGCAAUCCGGCGUCGAGGCGGAUGGCCUUUCCGCUCACGCUCAGGUCGUCGAGGACGUGCCGCAUCACCGCGUCUACAAGGCCAUGUUCACCAUCGAGGAGUCCACCGAGCCCGACGGCCAGAUCCGCAUCGUCGCUCACAGCCCGCGCAUCGUCAACGACGAGCAGCCCCGGAGCUUCCUGGAGCGCAUGGCGCGCCGCCAGGUCCGCUUCGACGAGGCCCAGGGCCCCCGCCGCGACAUGCACGCCAUCAGCGUCAAGCGGCAACGGAAACUCAAGAUGAAGAAGAAGAAGUACAAGAAGCUGAUGAAGCGGACGCGGAACCUGCGCCGCAAGCUUGACCGGACGUAA